UAAUCGAAUCAAUAAACAUCGUUUUCUGACAUGGUGACAGAAGCGGGAUCUACCAAGAAGAAGAAAGAAGAACCUCAGCAGAAACGAUACAGCCACUGAUUCGAGCGACGGAGCGAAGAAGACGCCGUUAAAACAAGACAAACAAGCCGACGCACGUGAGCGCCGAUUCCGAAACUAUGGAAGGUGGUCUAAAGACGCCGAGGCCUCUUGAUCUGUCGUCGCAGUCGCCAGACGUUUGGGACGACUGGCUUCAGAGCUACGAAUGGUACGCAACAGCGAUCCAGUUACAGAAGAAACCUCCCGAAGUUCAAGUAGCGAACUUCAUGACUGUCAUCGGCCCAGACGCACAGAACGUGUUCCGAACGCUCCCACUGAGCGAAGACGACAAGAAAAACCUGGACAUCGUAAAGCAACGGUUCAAAGAGCACUUCCACCCGAAGGUCAACCCCACCUACGAACGGUACAGGUUCAAUCAAAUGAAGCAGAAAGAGGGCGAGACUUUCAACGAGUUUCUGACGGCCGCAAGGCUACAAGCAAAGAAAUGCAAGUUCGGUGAGCUGACUGAUGAACUACUACGCGAUCGCAUUAUCGUUGGCAUCACCAAUGACGAUGUCAGAGAAAGACUGCUAAGCGACCCGACUGUCGACCUGCAGAAAGCCGUGAAUCUCUGCAAAGCGAGCGAACAGGCGUCACAGCAGCUCAAAGAAAUCGUAAACAAAGAAACGAGGACCGUCGACGCCGUCACGAAGAAGACAAAGCAGCUACCGAGAAAGAAGACUGUCGCGGAGACAAAAGAGCAAGCGCCAGCGAAUUCGGGAAUGGCAAGAAAAGCAUGCAGCUUCUGAGGAGGAUUUCACAGACCAAAAGAAUGUCCAGCGUAUGGCAAGACGUGUAACAAGUGCCAAAAGAAAGGACACUUUGCUGCAGUGUGCCGAUCAAGCAGAAGUAUGGUGCAACACAAGG